CCAUGUCCACUCUGAAGAAUUCUUGAACAAAAUUCUCUCUCACGCAGUGGUUUUGUGUGUGUGUUCUUGUUCCAAAAAAUUGUUUUUGCUUAUCUUGCUCACUUAUCCGACGCAUUAUCGCCGGAGAUGAAACCGGCGUCGGAGUAUAUGAUAAGAAAAUCAAGGUACAGGAGAGUUAAUCGUCUAGCUAAAAAGAUCAACAGCUAGGAUUUUAUCAGCGGAUCUCACUGUCAAGAAUGGACGGUCAAAAGCUUACUAGGAACCACUCAUCACUUCUCCGGUUAUCCACCACCGUCAGAUCAUCCAUCCACAGCUUAUCUUCUAUGAACGAGAUCGCACCUGAUGAAGAAAUAUAUAACCUUGAAGAACGGAAACUUCACUGCAAGCCCGUUUCACCUCUGGUUCGGUCCGGUUCAGUGCGUCUAACUCCAAUACUUGCCAUAUUGUUCCUCUAUGUAUGCACCCUUUUCGCCUUCUUCAACACGGACGACAUAGCCACCUCGGAAAAUCUGCUUUUAGGGCUUAUUUUAGUUGCGGUUUUACUUUUCUUCGCGUCGAAAAAUAAGUCAAGAAUCCAACAAAGUUUCAGUUUUUGUAAGGAACUGUGUUAUGAGUAUGGAAAAAAAGUUGGGUUCCUCUGUUUGACCUCUAAGAACGAUGAAAAAUCUGUGAAAUGGUUCAUCGGUGAAUCGAACUUCGAUUAUAAAGAGAAUGCUAAGAAUAUUAUAAGAGAAGGAGUGGAAUUUUACAGCAAUGGGGAUUACUAUGAAGGUGAGUUUCACCAAGGUAAAUGCAAUGGGAGUGGAGUGUACAAUUACUUCACGAAUGGGAGAUACGAGGGCGACUGGAUUGGUGGGAAGUACGAUGGAUAUGGAGUUGAGAGUUGGUCGAGGGGAAGUCGAUAUCGGGGGCAGUAUAGGCAGGGAUUGAGGCAUGGCUAUGGAGUUUAUAAGUUUUACACUGGGGAUACAUAUGCAGGGGAGUGGUGUAAUGGGCAGAGUCAUGGAAUGGGAGUGCAAUCUUGUGCUGAUGGGAGUUGUUAUAUUGGAGAGUUCAAAUGUGGGGUGAAACAUGGCCUUGGUUCUUACCAUUUUAGAAAUGGAGAUAGAUAUGCUGGUGAAUAUUUUGGAGAUAAAGUCCAUGGUUUUGGCGUCUAUCACUUCUCGAAUGGUCACUGUUAUGAGGGAUCAUGGCAUGAAGGACGAAAACAAGGUUAUGGCAUGUAUACUUUCCGAAGUGGUGAGACGAGAUGUGGCGAAUGGGAUGGUGGUAAACUUAAGGCGUCCCUUCUUCCGCUAACUGAUUCAGUUCUGCGAGCUGUUCAGGCUGCUAGAAAAUCUGCGGGAAAUGCAAUAAAACUCUGCAUGGUUGAUGAACAAGUGAACAAGGCUGUUAUGGCAUCAAACCGAGCUGCUACUGCCGCCAGAGUUGCUGCUGUUAAAGCUGUUCAGAACAGGAUCGAUGGAAAAUUCUGCGAUACUGAUGUUUAAGUAUUGUCCAUAAAUUUAAAUCUUCUAAGUUGUUCUUGCGUAGAAGGUAUAUGAGCACCCCGAUAAGCAAAAACUCGUCGGAGGUUGAGUGUAUGUCGUGGUUUUGUUUCAACUAAGUAAUCUGUACAUGUUUCAAUCAUAAUUUCAAUGGGAA